CCAAAGUGACACUUGCUUCAAUUGACGGGUGCCAAAUAUUGUCCCACUGCAUUCGUUCUCCCAUCUCGCUCGCACACAGUGUACCGUGUCCAGUUCCUUACGGCCUGUUGCAUCUUCACCUUCAACUGCGACGCUCUGCACGAAAGCACUGACGGCCAAGUCAAGCACAUUCCUGUCCGGAACAGACCACCUGUCGCGGUUCAAGUUGUGCAUGUGAACUGCUCAGCAACAAUGUCCGGCGCCGCAGUUGACCACUCUUUUGAUGAUGACCAUGCGGUCCUGGACGACGACUUCCUUAACGAUGAGGUCGAACCGGACGAGCCCUCAUACAACAAUACAUCCGACCGUGCUCCCCUAACAGGCAACAUUCAAUCGUCGUCCUCGGGGGCACCUCUGAACCAAAAUUAUUUGACCUCGCGCAUCCCUGGAGAGGAUAGACGGGCACCACAAAACACCAUUGACGAAACUGUGUGGGAAACCGUUUCUCGGGAUCUGCUCGCCGUGUGGGAGAAGAUGAAACAAGUGCUGUACCCCAAGUACUUGCUUGGUGGCAUGCUGCAGAGGCAAGGCUCUGGCAUGGGCGAUGUCGAGAGUCAGGGUUUCGGCCGUGACCUACGAGGGUUGAUAGGAAGAUGGCCUGAUGCAGAUGGGAUUCUACAAGGUUCAUUGAGUGAGGGUCUUCGAGAUUGGGAUCUCUGGGGGCCGCUCAUAUUUUGCCUACUUCUCAGCCUAUUUCUUUCAAUGCGAGCCAGCAAGGCCCAAAGCGAUCUGGUCUUUUCGGGGGUAUUUUCGAUGGUCUGGAUCGGCGAGGCGGUGGUUACUCUCCAGAUCAAACUGCUAGGAGGAAAUAUUUCUUUCAUGCAGUCCGUCUCCAUCAUCGGCUACACUUUGUUUCCACUCACAAUUGCGGCUCUUCUUAGCGCGCUGGGACUGCCGAUGAUUGCACGUAUUCCAGUCUACAUUGUUCUUGUGGCAUGGUCACUGGCUGCCGGGGUUAGUAUUCUUGGAGGGUCAGGAGUGGUUAAAAAUAGGGUCGCCCUCAGUGUGUACCCUUUGUUUGUGUUCUAUGUGGGCAUUGGAUGCCUAUGUUUUAUUAGCUAGAUUGGAUCAGAAUCGUCUACCAGUGUCGGAUUGCGAGCCUGGACUAGUCCGGCAGAGAUAUCCCUCCCCGAACGUCACUAUAGCAGCAUUGAUGGACAUUGCCAUAAGUGUACACAAUAGAUGGUUCGUUGCUUUCUGAAAAGUACGAGAGGUUAACAAUGGCCAUGUUCCAAAAGAUGCCUGUACUAUACAAUGUAAUUCUGAUCUGGCCUGUUCAAGUUGGUGGUGGGCGCGUUGGACGGUUGGUUCGUAAUGGUUCAAGUUGUGCGGAGACUGAUAAUAAGCCGCAGCGCAUUAUUGAU